AUGGAGGAAAAACCCUGCGUUGGCUCGGCGAUUCCCAUGGCCGCUGCCGCCUGCGGCACCAAGGCCAUGUCCCUCUUCAAGCGGACCUUGGUGCUGAGUCCCGCGGCGGCGCCCAGGGGCACGGGCUCGGGCGCCACCCCGCGCGGGUGCCCCUUGCCGCCCGCCGCCUGGCCCUCCAAGGACUGGCCGCGGGGAGAGGGCGUCUGCGGCAGGCUGCGGACCCCCCCGGCCCCCGGCCGCCGGCCCCGGUCCCCCUGCUGCUCCUCCACGUCGGCCAGCUCCGCCUGUGUGCUCUGCCCGCAGGACUCGCUCAGCAGCAGCUUGAGGACUUGCUACAAGUAUCUGAAUCAGACUAGUCGCAGUUUCGCGGCCGUGAUCCAGGCGCUGGACGGGGAAAUGCGCCAUGCAGUAUGCAUAUUUUAUCUGGUUCUGCGAGCUCUGGACACUCUGGAAGAUGACAUGACCAUCAGUGUAGAGAAAAAGGUCCCACUGUUACACAACUUUCACUCGUACCUUUAUGAACCUGACUGGCGCUUCAUGGAGAGCAAAGAGAAGGAUCGACAAGUGCUAGAGGACUUCCCAACGAUCUCCCUCGAGUUUCGAAAUCUGGCUGAGAAAUACCAAACAGUGAUUGUUGACAUUUGCCGGAAAAUGGGAUAUGGGAUGGCGGAGUUUUUGGAUAAGCACGUGACAUCUGAACGGGAGUGGGACAAGUACUGUCACUAUGUUGCCGGGCUGGUGGGAAUUGGCCUCUCCCGUCUGUUCUCGGCCUCAGAGUUAGAAGACCCCUUAGUUGGUGAAGACUUAGAGCGUGCCAACUCUAUGGGCUUGUUUCUGCAGAAGACAAACAUCAUUCGUGAUUAUCUGGAAGACCAGCGAGAAGGAAGAGAGUUUUGGCCUCAAGAGGUUUGGAGCAAGUAUGUGAAGAAGUUGAGUGAUUUUGCUAAGCCAGAGAAUAUUGACUCGGCCGUGCAAUGCCUGAACGAACUUAUAACCAACACCCUACACCACAUCCCAGAUGUCAUCACCUACCUUUCAAGACUUAGAAACCAAAGUGUUUUUAACUUCUGCGCUAUUCCACAGGUGAUGGCCAUUGCUACUUUGGCUGCCUGUUAUAAUAAUCAGCAGGUGUUCAAAGGAGUAGUGAAGAUUCGAAAAGGGCAAGCAGUGACCCUGAUGAUGGAUGCCACUAAUAUGCCGGCUGUCAAAGCUAUAAUAUACCAGUAUAUGGAAGAGAUUUAUCAUAGAAUCCCCAACUCAGACCCAUCUUCUGGUAAAACAAGACAGAUCAUCUCCACGAUCAGGACACAGAAUCUUCCCAAUUGUCAGCUGAUCUCUCGAAGCCACUAUUCCCCCAUCUACCUGUCAUUUGUCAUGCUCUUGGCUGCCCUGAGCUGGCAGUACCUGAGCACCCUGUCCCAGGUCACAGAAGACUAUGUUCAGACCGGAGAACACUGACGUGGAACCAGGCUGGGGGCUGAAGUUCACCAUGACAUGGAUUGACCUUUUCUUCAUGGAUGGAUAUUGGCUUCCCCUCCUUUGUUUCCCUCCUGCUUUAAUCCCUAAAAGAACUCUGUGGGCUUGGACCUUUCGAAACUGACAUGCAGUUGAGAAGAAGAUGAGAAUAAAAGGGAAGGAUGUCUCAUCCUCAGCUACCUGGGGAUGCUUGUGGGUGGUGGCAGCUCGCGCAGGGGCUGAUGGCAGAGCACUCGUUGCCGCGGGCUUGGGGAAAUAGUUGCAUAUGGGACUGCUGAGAGGUCUUCUUUAGUGUGAAUCCUGGCUACAAUUAUAAUUAAAUGUAUUUCAUUUGAAGCAAGCUUUGAAUACCUCUCCUAAUAGAAAAUGAAGGGAAUUUUCUUUCUGUUCUAUUCCUAUUUUUCUCGUCCUUUUUUCUUCAGUUGAUUUGGAUGUAGUAGAUAUGAAUGUUCAUAGUUCUAGGUAAUAUUCCCACCCAUGUUCCUAAGAAAUGCAGACUGUCUUCUGCACAUGAAGGCUGGGAAUUAACUUCUGGGUGUUCUGGUGUUAUUUCCUCGUUUAAAGGGAGUUUAGCUUUCAGAAAGAAACAGCAGGAUUGCCUCUGGCCCCACUAUAGAAAAUUGGUCUCCAGUUAAGGCUGAUGUUUUUGAGAAGAUUUUUAUAAUAAAGAAUUGAAUUAUUCUGCA